AAUUGAAACUGAACUCAAGUUUAGCUCUUGAUCCAUACCUGGUAACUCUAAUUAUUGCUGACUUAGGCAUUGGAGUGUUUACCCCGAGGACCAACCUUAAGGUUUUGUAGAAGUUGGAGGGACGAGCUAAAAACAACAAAUGCUAUAUGUGAGGAAGGUGAAACACCAAAAUCGAGCUCAAAAGAGGAAAUUUGAUGAGGCAGAUUGGAAGAACCAACCUAUAACCUUUAGUUUAGUUGAUUUUGAUGGUGUUGUCAUGCCACACAAUGAUCCGCUAGUCACAUCGGUCAUUGUUAAUAAUUGCAAAGUUCAACGCAUCCUUGUCGACAUAGGAAGUGCUCUAGAUAUCAUGUACUAUCAUUGCUUUAAGAGCCUUGGCCUCUACCCUGUCCUCCUACAGAAGUAUGAUGGCUCUAUCUAUGGAUUCAAUAAUCAGCCAGUCCCUGUGGAAGGAGUCCUAAAACUCAAUGUAGCAUUCGACUCAGGACGGACAUAUGUUGCUCCCUCAGUUUGGUUCUUGGUGGUGAAGAUGGCGUCAUCUUUUAACAUCAUCAUCAGAAGACCAACUUUGAUUGAGACUCAAGUUGUCAUUUCACAAUCCCACCUCUACAUGAAAUUCCCCACCCCCAUGGGAAUACCGACUUUGAAAGGCAACCAAAAGGUGGCUAGGCAUUGCUACAUAACUUCGAUCACCCAACCUCAGAAGGAUAAGCAAGUAACCCCUCAAGAGCCAGCUCAGCUUGAAGACUACCAUCUUUUGCCAAGUAUAGAUAAGCUGGUGGAAGCUGCAUCCGAAAAUGAAAGGCUUAGUCUUUUAGAUUCUUACUCGAGAUAUCAUCAAGUUCACAUGGCACCCGAAGACGAGGUCCUGAGGUCUCUAGCCCAGAAAGACAAAGAGGGGAAGCCUAAGAAGUUUGAAUGGACUUUAGAGUGUCGAGCCGCUUUUGAUGAACUCAAGUUAUACCUUAGUUCACCACCUCUAUUAAUUAAGGCUGAAGAAGGUCACAAGAGUGUUCAUUCUGAGGCUGAACCAUGGGCCUUUUAUGUCGAUGGGUCGUCAAGCAAAAAGGGAUCGAGUGCCGAAGCAGUGCUAAUGGGGCCAGAGAAUUUUCGAUGUGAGCACGCACUGAAAUUCGAUUUUAAAGCAACAAAUAACAUGGCUGAGUAUGAGGCACUUCUCCUCGGACUUCGCUUGGCAACAGAGUUAAAAGUCAGAUCCUUGCAGGCUUACAGUGAGUCACAACUUGUAGUUAACCAAGUGAAUUCUACAUGUAAGGUCAUAGAUCCUACUCUAGCCAAAUACUUAGCUGUGGUUUCCAAACUUAAAUGCCAAUUCGAGAGAUUCCAACUCACCAAAGUUUCGACAACGGAGAAUGAACAUGCAGACUCUUUGUCGAAAUUAGCAUCUGAUAGCUAAAGAAGAGGGAGGUCUCUCUAUGUUGAGGUCCUUAACGAACCAAUAAUCCAGAAGUCAGAAA